AUGGGAGACGAAGAUAUCCCGGAUUACGAGACUUUCAAGGAACGUAUUCCACAAGAACUCCGUGAACGUGUCGAAUCGACAUCUCUUCAAAAGAUCAAACAAAUUGGAACCCAUAUCACCAAGUUGAAGACGCAAGUUGACACAUUGAAAAAGAAAGAGUCGACUUUACUUGAGCAAAUAGGGAAUGUUCAAGAUGAAUUGAAAACAGUGCAACAACAGAAAAAAGAUUUAGAAGACAUCCGCGAGCAACGCCGUGUCCAACUCAAGUUGUUAUUGACGCAAAAUUCCGAGACGUCUCCCCUCUUUGCUCUUAACUCGUGGACAAGCUGUGACACAUUUGAGAAACUUUUUGACUCUGAUGAGAUGCCAUUCAAUCAACGCACAUUCCAAUCCGCAAUAUUCGGAAGACAAGACGUUCUUGGGAUUAUCAUCACUGCGUCAGACGACAUAUUCGGGUCGUUCCACACACAACCCAUCAAAAUUACGUCCCCCGACAUGAAUUGGACAUCCGACGAAAAUUUCUUUGUGUUCUCGUUACUCCGCGGAGGUGUUCCUGUCUACGGUUUUUAUAAAAAGAGAAGUGGAGUCUAUUGCAAGCAAAGGAGUAUCAGAAUGGUCUACGACGACGAGACUUUUUACAGAGUGAACAAUGCAUUUUACUUGAGGCCUUAUCUUUUUGAAAAGAAAGGGAAAACUUGGGACGAUUUCUGCAAAGAUUACGAUGACGUUGAAAAGGGUACAAGUCUUGCGGACAGACUUGGGUUCACCCCUCAAAGAGUCUUGUUGUAUCAGUGUUCGCAAUCCAAAUAG